UAUAACAAGUUCUAUUUAGGAAACAAGUUUAAUAAACUAAUUAUCUAAUUAAUUAGCAAGAAGACUGUAUUUGAUAUAAAAAAAUCCAUGACAAUUUGCAUCUUUGUGAAUAUCUUGCUAUAAAUCAGAAAAGAGAGAAAAAUUUUAAGGAUAUCUCUUAAGAAAUUGCGUAAUCAGGUUACAUGUCAAUAUAAUUAAGAAGAGUUUGAAAUUCUGGAGAAGCACUUGUCGUCGCAUUCUUGCGAGAAUCUUAGCUGCUUUCAAAAGUUUCUUUGCAAUUUUCUUUGAUCAAAAGCACUUGACCUCGUAACAAUACGAGAUUCAUUGUUGCUACAGUCAAAAUAACUCUUAUAACAUACGAAAUUUACACAUUUAGCUCCGUAUAAAAUACAUGGCGUACACAAUUCCAUGGAUCCAUGAAAAAGUUAAAAAACUGUAAUCUUUAGACUUUUGGUGAAAUUGCUUAGCAUUAGUGACUCUAAAAAAAUCAUAUUUAAACCGAAAUUUAUUAUUUCCUAAGUCUAUAUUAAACAAAUGUGAAGUGAUAAGAUCACCAUAAUGAAUUCAAAAGAACGUUUCAAACGAAUAUGGAUGUUCUGCAUUCGAAAGACGUUGUAUUUUUCUGGAUUCAUCCAUAAGGUACAGUGAUUCUUCAAGUGCUGAUUUGAAUCAACCAAUCAACGAUUUGAAAUUUAUAAACUGUUGACUAUUAUCUACAAACAUUACAUGCUAAAUUGAAUCUAUCGAAAAAUUUAAUAAGACUGAAACACUCCAAAUCCUUACAAGAUGUCGAUGAAUGGACUGGACAACAAGAAGAAGAAUGCGAUUCCAUAUAGGUCGCUUCCGAAGCUGGGCAGCGAGGAGCUGGGCGGUGCAGACCAGCAGCAGCAGAGCCAGCCGCAGACACAGCAGACCUCCUCCCCUCAUCACUUCGAGCCCAUCCCGCACGACCACGACUUCUGCGAGAGGGUGGUCAUCAACGUGUCCGGCCUCCGGUUCGAGACCCAGCUGCGGACGCUGCAUCAGUUUCCCGACAGCCUGCUGGGUGACCCCCACCGUCGCAUCCGGUACUUCGACCCCUUACGCAACGAGUAUUUCUUCGACCGCAACCGACCGAGCUUCGACGCCAUCCUCUAUUACUACCAGAGCGGAGGCCGGUUGCGGAGGCCCGUCAACGUGCCCCUCGACGUCUUCGCCGAGGAGAUCAAGUUCUACGAGCUGGGAGAAGUGGCCUUCAACAAGUUCCGUGAAGACGAGGGUUUCAUCAAAGAGGAGGAGAAGCCCUUGCCUGAGCAGGAGCUCCAGAAGAAGAUGUGGCUUCUGUUCGAGUAUCCGGAGAGUUCGCAGGCGGCCCGAGUCAUCGCCAUCAUUUCAGUGGUGGUGAUUCUGUUGUCCAUCUUCAUUUUCUGCCUGGAGACGCUGCCCGAGUUCAAGCACUACAAGCUCUUCAACACAACCAACAACAUGACACGAGUCGUCGAGGAUGAGGUGCCGAAGACGACAGACGCCUUCUUUAUUAUUGAGACGGCUUGCAUCGUGUGGUUUACAUUCGAGCUACUGGUGCGCUUCCUCGCCUGUCCCAAUAAAUUCAAUUUCUUCAAGGAUGUUAUGAAUAGCAUCGAUUUGGUGGCCAUCAUACCCUACUUCAUCACCUUGGCUACCGUCGUGGCCGAGGCCAAGGCCACAGAGCUACCAAUUGUGUCUGUGAACGAACGAGCAGGAAACAACCAGGCCAUGUCAUUGGCCAUUCUACGAGUCAUUAGACUCGUCCGAGUGUUCAGGAUUUUCAAGCUGUCCAGACACUCUAAAGGCCUGCAGAUCCUUGGUCGGACUCUGAAGGCCAGUAUGCGAGAACUGGGCUUGCUCAUAUUCUUCCUGUUCAUCGGAGUGAUCUUAUUCUCGAGUGCCGUCUACUAUGCAGAGGCGGACUCAGAACGUUCGUAUUUCAAGAGUAUCCCUGACGCCUUCUGGUGGGCGGUGGUGACAAUGACCACCGUGGGCUAUGGAGACAUGAGGCCCGUUGGCGUGUGGGGCAAAAUUGUGGGCUCGCUAUGUGCCAUUGCUGGUGUGCUCACCAUCGCCCUGCCCGUGCCUGUGAUUGUGUCCAACUUCAACUACUUCUACCACCGCGAGACGGACCAGGAGGAAAUGCAGUCGCAGAACUUCAACCAUGUCACUAGUUGCCCCUACCUUCCCGGUACUGUGGGCACUAAGCUCAAGAGAGACUCACUCAGCGAAUCUACUUCGGACAUAAUGGAGAUGGAGGAGGGGGCUGCCGAUCCGGCAACGACCCCUUCUCCAGGAUUGGUGAAGCGCUCGAAUCCUGGCCAUACAAACAACAAUCAUUCCUCUUCCGUCUCAGUGGCCGUCGAAACGGAUGUUUGAUUUCCAGUCCAUUCCGUCUUUCAGUUCCACUUUGGAUUUCAUUUGCAAAACAUUUCAGAGAGAGACCAUAUUGGUUUCGUCUGAAUAAAUCUUUCCUCGAGAUUUGAUUGAUCAAAGUGAUGAUAUCCUUCGUCAAGGAAACAGUGACCUUCGUGCCAAUGAACUGCGAACUUUUUGGCUCCACUGUGGACAAACUAGAACUCUAGUAGACGCUUUUUAUCGAAAAAAAAAAAAAAACAUCAUCUUCAUUUCAUAAAUUUUAUUUCGCUAAUUUAUUUUUUGUACAGGAACUUCUAGAAAAGGAGUGAAUGCCAGAAUGUUUCAGUGUGUGAUCGCUGCAAGCAUUUGAAAAAAAUAUUAAUAAUAAACUGGACACUUCCUUUUUCUAUGUUGUUACGUAUAUGCUUGUAUGGCAGGACUGCGUUUGAUUUUCGUGGACACAUAAGUUUAAUGCCUAAUUCAACAGAUUUUUCUCUCUCUUAACCAGCUUAAAAGAGUAUUUAAAAUCGACAGAAUUAGGGAAAAACUCCAUUGCUUAACGACCAUUUAGAUUACGCGGAAUUAUAAUUUAUAGUACACAAUACGCUUUUUAAUUAACAGAAAAACAUCGCCAGAAGAAAAUUAAAAAUAUGUUAAAAUAAACAAUUUAAUCCAAAAGAUGACAAUAUAAAUUCUAAGGUGUAACGACAAAUAUGUUCCAACUUUGGAAAUUUUAUCUUAAAAAAAAAACUUGAAAGAAAAGAGGAAAACUUGAAAGAUAAAUUUUCAUACAAGGCAAAAAAACUAAAAAAAGUGAUAAAACAAGCAUUCCAGUUCACAGAGAAGAAAUAUAUACGAAAACCAAACGCAAAAAUGCAUCCCAUGUAAUGCAUUAUACUUUGUAAAUAGAACCUUAGAAACCUCAAGAGUGUCUUCAAAACGAAAAAUUCGUACAGAGCUAUAACUCCAGAGACAAGUGUGACUACGAACUUAAUUGCACAAGUUCACCAAGCCGAAACAGAAGAUUAAAAAAAGGAGACGUUUAAUAUGGAACGGUGGGUAUUACCUUUACUUCCCAUUUCAAAAUGAGACUGUUAGCUAAGCAAAGUUUCAGCAAAGUAACUCAUUUAACUGCAAAGUGAAAUAAGGAGCUAUCUUAAAAUAUAUUAUGUAAGAGAUCACCUAAAAUUUCUUCUAACUUUACAAAAUGCUCUUAACUGGGAGCUCACGUUCCCAGCGCACUUAAGCUAAAUGCAUGUCAUUACACAUUUUUUUAUCUUAUACCUCACGUUAAAAAAAUACUUCUCUCCAAUCUUUUUGAUACACGUACGACCAAAUGAUAAUUAAACCUAAACCUUUUUAAAAACUUUUUCAAACUUUACAACCACCACAUUAUGAUUUUGAUAGGGCAGUGUACAUAUUCUUUGGACGACAUAAACUUCUUCCCUUUUCUUUUCUAACUGAAAUAAAUGUAAUAUAAAGAGAUAUAUCAAUGAAUUAGUUUUUUAUUUUUAUUCUUAGAGCUACCACAAGACUCUUCAAAAUACGAAAUAGAAAUAACUAUAAUAUCAAAAAUUAAUAAAUGUGAAAUAAAAGAAAUUUUAAGGAUAUAUUUUUUAAAGUACAUGCCUAUCAAAUCAAACAUAUGGUGGUAUGCUUUAAGCUUAUAAUCAACCUUGAAUGCUAACAAGAGACAUUUUAGGGGGUCUCCUCAAAAAAAUGAACGCAUCGUCUUUAAUUAGUAUGCAAAUUUAAAACACUUUGUAAAAAGACCAUGCGUUCGUUACAACUUAUUGUAUAUGGUGUAUGAAGUCUGCCAUACGCCACAGUGGUCAAACUGCAAAUCAGCGUAAAGACAACUUUUAAAAUAAUAAUAUUCAUUAAAAAAAAUGUAAUUGCUAAAUGUUUUGCUACAAAGAAAAAAAAAAGUUAAAUUCAACCUAUUACAAGAAUCAGAAUGUUAAAAAGUAAAAAUUUGCAUUUUGACCACAUCAUUUAGUAACUUGACCAUACGAUGAGAACGGUCGAGUUUUCACAAGUGCUCUUAUCUAGCUCUAAUGUCGUUAAACAGGAGAGUGGUUAAAUGGUUGCUUAUAUAGGAAGAGUUAAUAUAUUCUAUGAAUGUUGGAUCAUCGACAGAGGAUACGAGACUAGUGCCUAAGGAAUGUUAGAGAAAUUAGAGUACUGCCUGAGAUGGUUUAGAAUUAAACCUGUCAUAACACUUAACCUCCAUUACCAUUCAAAUAACCAAACUCAUAAAACUAUCACUAAAUUUUUCUAAGAGCAGGGCUUGAAAGUUACAUUUAAGGCUUAGAAAUUCUUAGGACCUAAUAGAUUUUAGAAUUGCUUAACUAUAUUUGAAAUUUGUAUCUAAAUUAAUCAAAAUUAGAUUUUUAGAAGUAGCCUUCUUUUGCAAGUUUCAUUCGCCUACUAAACAAGAACAUCAUGCGAAUUCAUAUUUUAGGAAACGCACAUUGUUACUGAUUUUUUCUUAGGUAACUCUUAAAUAUAUUUCGACUCAAAAUUUUAGGCCUCUUUCGAUACGACGCAAUUAACUAUUUUAGAAUUUUUCAAGCCCUGGCCGAGUAAUAAAAAUAAACUUAGUACUCUAAGUAGACUAGUUUUAACGAUGAAAAGUCAUUAUACUUAGGAAGAUUAUAGGAGACUAAAAAUCAUUUAGACUUUCAAUGUAGCUUUCUGGUCCAUAGGGUUUACUGUUCCCUCUACCUUAAACAGUUUUUCGGCUCAGCUAACCUGCCAUCUCAGCUAAAACGCUAUCGCUUGUGUGAAGAAUUCUAGUAUCAAAACCAACAUUAAAAACCAAAAAUGAUAUCUGAAUAGAUUAGGAAAUAGCUCAUUUAUAAUAAGGGUCAGGUCUAGUAGAAGCUAGAAGAAUGUCAGUUUCGAAAAUGUUCCAAGCUUUCCGUCUCCAAAGAGUUAGAUCAUAAUAGAAUCAGUAAGCGUCCACAAAUGUAGCUCCAUCCAGAUGAUACGAUAGGGCAGUCUCAAACAGGGAAUUUCUAAUAUAUUUCUUCUGCCUGUCAAAGCUAUCUAAAACAAUAGACUUUCUGGACAAAGUGUGCGAAGCAAAGCUAAAUCUCCUCUGUUCUCGGUUAGCUAUCGUCUUAAAUUAGUCCUAAAUAAUUUCAAAACAGUAAAUACCUCAUGAUGAAUUGAUUAUUUUCUUUAACGCUUAUUGUAAUCUAGAAAAUGCAAAUCAUCUUUUAAAUUUCAGACUUGCAUUUUUGAGACAGUGCAUAUUAAAUACCAGUACCAUAAAUGACUCAAACUGUUUAUUAAAAUACUUCAGAAAUUUGAGAAAAAAAUUAAAUAUAUAGAAUAAAAAGACUUUAUGAACUCUAGAAUAAAAUCGUUUGCGUUAAAUUUUAAAAGUAAAAAAUAUCCUUUUCUUACGAAAUUCCAUAUACUAAUCAAAAUGUUACCAAAUUCGGAGGCGAACUAAACAAUAUUUAAUAAUUAGUUUUUGGAACGUAGAUUAAUUUGGAGCAAAAUAACAUCAGACCAAUUUUUACAACCACCAGAUAACACGUAACUUCACUCGAGUCCAGAACUAAAAUAGAACUUUAAAGAGAAAAGGAGCCUUAUAUAAAACAAAUAUAGUUUUUUUCUACAUUACAGCAUUCAUACAAUACAUAUUUUGACAUAACAUCAAUUACGGAUUUAGGACUACUAUACCUAGUAUAGAAUUAACGAAUAUCAAAAUUCUUCAGAAAAGUUAGUAAUCGUUCCGUCCGAUAAAAAUAACUUAUAAAUAUUCAGAAUGUUUGUUUACAGGAUAAUUAUAUGACACAUAGCAUGUAAAAAUUAGUUAUCUAACACAAGAAAAUACAGAAAACUAUAUAUAUAUCUAUAUAUAUAAAUAGUACAUAGAAAUUCCUAAUGAUAUCGGAAGUAAUUAAAAGCUUAGCGUAUGAGUUUCCAGUUCGAUCAUUUCUUUCCAAAGCACCCAUAAGGCAAUACAUGACACAAAAUUGUACCCAUACUUAGAAGUGGAUGAAAUACAUUCCAUCCCUACCCUUCCCCACUUCUAAACAGAAGAUCACGGUUGGCAUGUGAGGAAAAACAGCUAGUUAAGUCAGAAAUGAGCAGAAAGCCCUAACGAUCAACGAAGCAGAUUGAACCGACCGUCCUGGUGCUAUUUGUUUCCGCAAAAAGGUUGUUUAAGUACGCAACUAUUUUUCUUCCUUGACUACAUCAACAAAAUGCUACGGUUUCUCUCCCUCGCAACUACUUCGCCCUUUCCUUUGCAAAUUGUGAUAUACUUCUGCAAACAUAUCCCGAAAACGAACGUUUGCUUCUGUAUUCCCGAGUUGAUUCCCUUUUACCUAAGGUUGGGUGAGCUUUCACUCAAUCGCCGCACCAUACCACUCUCCAAGAAUUGUAGAAAAAGCGCGCUCAAUAAAGGUUAUGUUUCGUUUUAA